CCACCUUGACCUCUGGGACCUUUUCGAUUUUUAUAUGCCUUAAAGAUACAGUGUUUCUAAACCGUUGGUUAAUUUCAAAAGGGAGACAGAUCGGAUUGUCAGUUUUAUCAUGACAUAUAUUGAGAUUUGCAUUAUUCUCUUUAUCACCGUUGGACCAGAGGUAGUGCGUGCAUUGGAAUGUUUAUCGUGCAAUGGCGUGAAUCAUACGGCGAACUGUCACGUGACUACAACGUGUUCACAAUAUGAACAUUGUUAUACAAAAGCAGACGACUUUGGAAGCAGUGUUGUAUACAGUCUAGGAUGUCGUCCCUCAGCGCAAUGCUAUGGGCAUACAUCUUCAGGAGGAAGUCUCGUUGGGCGAGAUCUUAAGAGAAGAGUUUUCAUUGCAAAUCCAACGGGAUGUAAUCAGUGCUGUUCUAUCGAUUACUGCAAUAGAGACGUAUGCAGUCACUCUGGAGGAACUAUCACAACUUCCGGUUCAUGCGUAGACAGUCCUGACUACAAUUGUCCGUUGAUCAGCAGUACAUUCAACAUAUGCGGAUAUGUUCACCACGCGAAAAUCGUCUGCCGAAAAUUUUGUGGACUUUGCGAUCUCGUGGAUGGCGUUUGGGGAGCUUGGGGUGAUUGGUCUAUGUGUGAAAGGACUUGUGGCAAAAGUCAACAGGUAAGAGUGCGAGCGUGUGAUGACCCGGCACCAGCUCAUGGAGGACUUGAUUGUAUUGGAAGCGGAAUCGAGUAUAGGAAUUGUUCCAUGAAACCAUGUCCGGUGGCAGGAGGCUGGAGUGGUUGGACGCCUUGGACUGCAUGCAGCAAGACGUGUGGCGUUGGUCUUCAGCGUCGGGAUCGUACUUGCUCGAAUCCGUAUCCUAGCCAUGGAGGUGAUCAUUGUUUCGGUGACUCCGUUGAAGACAAAAUUUGUUUCGGCAUGCCAUGCAUGGAUGGCGGUUGGUCUUCGUGGUCUACUUGGGGUACAUGCACGGUUACGUGUAAUGGCGGUCUAAAGUCAAGACAGCGCACGUGCAGUAACCCAAAACCAUCGUUGCUAGGUAGACAGUGCGCAGGAAACAAUAUGGAAUAUGCCUCUUGUAAUUCUGCAGUAUGUCCAGUUACAUCCGCGACAAUGCGGGUUUAUUUCUCGGUGAACACGCCAACAGGGCAUCUGUACAGUGACCACCAUCCCGUGUUCUCAAAGAUUGUUAUUAAUGAGGGAAACGCCUAUGACAUAUCUACUGGAACAUUCAAUGUCCCAGUUCCAGGCAUCUACCAGUUCUUUGUAACUUUUGUUACAACCCAUUCCACUACACAGUGUUUCAUAAGGAAGAAUAGGGACGUUCUCGUUUAUGCAUUGACUACAGCAAACACAGACUGGAAGUCGGCGUCUGCGUCAACUUACGUACAUUGCGUCACUGGUGACGUCAUAGAUAUCUCGUGCGGCGGUUGGGAAUACGUGGAUCACAAUCAGACAUCAAUGUUCAGUGGUGCACUAGUUUCAGCGGACUAGGGAGAAACAUAAAAGCUUAGAAAUAAAUAUUGUAUUUGUUA